AUGGGUGUCGAAUCAAAAAAAUCAAGAGCUCCCCCUCUCCCUGCGCCAACGGAAACAAGUACCGCGGACAGUGACGCCGAAAACGAGAACGAAACGACUGAGUUGGGCUCAAGAGUAACGGAUAAGAGUGCAUACACGAUACCGGAUGACGGUGCUCCAGUCACCAUCGCUACGCGAAAGAAGAAGAAACAGGAUAGUCUAAGUAGUUUAUCAAACAAUAAGUCUCAAACUUCAUUGUUGAUCGAGUAUUUUGAAGGGGGAAAGGAAGACAGAAGUCGAAGACCAUCGGUUCGUGUCAAAGUUACACCAUCAUCGAAACACCGAAGCAAGUCAGCUCAUGAGCACAUCCAGAUUACGGAGUCCAGAAAAGGUGCUAGAAGGCCAUCGUAUACCCAACGCAUUUCAUUAUCCGAUGCCAAUAAGGAGAAUAGAGGAUUGGCGCCAGAAGACGAAGCCAGCAUGAGCUCUUUUCGUUCUACAACUGAAGAAUCUAACCUCACCUCUAGGAGUGGUGGGAGACCUAUCGAGGUUGAGAUCAUGAGGCAUGGAAGUCCGCUGAUACCCACCGAGUUAGGAUCAAGAAGUGCUCCGUACAAUGGUUCCGAUAUAUCAUCCAUGCCUGCCGAUAGUUUCCUCGAUGGACAUACCAGAUCUCUAGAACGAAGACGUAGUCGAAGUUUGACAAGAGAUGAAGCUUUGAUCGCUGGAACAGCUACCGGAUUGGCUGCCAGUGCUGCAUCGGAAAAGUCGAGAACUCCAUCGCGCCGACGAAGUCGAAGUCUUAGCAGGGAACGAAUAGUGGCACAAAAGGCCAUGUCAAAGGUUCGCGGUGAUCGGUCAGAACAUCGACGCAAACAACGAAGGAGUCGUAGUCGAAGUGUCAGUGGUGAUAAGCUUACAGAAGGAAUCAAGUCGCCACGAAGAAGAUCAAGCCGAAGCCAAGCCGAAGAAUCUUUAAUGUCGGGAGCCGACUCGGGUCUGCUAGAUUCACAAGUCAGUCGUAAUUCCGACAGAGUUUCGGUCCGAUCUGGAGCUUCGAAGAAUUCUUCCAUCAACAAUCCCAAGCUGCUAGAAACCGUCGAGGAUGCCAUCCGUCGUUUGAUCCUACCCGAAUUAUCAGCAUUGAAGAGAGAAUCAAGUAAGCGUGCGGAACGUCGAAGUUCUGUAGGAAGUGGUAUCUCUAGCAUAUCGGGAGGACCCAAGGUCACUCUUAAUGAUGGGGAGGUUCUCUCUGGAAGGAACCGCACUGAUCGUGUGAGAGAUUCAGACUCACCACGAAGUUUCGAUCGAGGCGAAUCCGAAGAAACUAUUUCACAAAAUGACAAGGCGAAAAGGAAGAAGACUCGGGGCCUCGAAACAGCUGCUUUGGGCGCAGGAGUUGGCGCCUUGACUGCGGCUGCUCUACAGAAGCAUCAAUCACAAGAGUCUGUGAUGGAUGAAAAGAAAGAGCGACGACGCAGGAGGAAGAAUCACAGCCGUGGCAAUAGCUUAGGUGGCGAGCUCUCACCCACAGAAGAAAGAAGUGGUCUCGAUUUAGCGCCCCCUAUGCCACUCAUGAGCGCGAUCAAUGCCUCGGAUAUUACCAGAACUUCGAUCCUGUCGGCUGAAUCAGAGAGACCUCAUUCCGCUAGCUCGCAGCGUGUUACGCCUGUUCAAGAGGUGGUGGCCCGAAAAGAUGUUACUUCUCCAGCUACUCGAACGCCAACUCGGACGCCGAUUAAUCUACAACACGGCUUAGGUACUCAGCACUCGAACUUCUCACGCGGAAACCUUAGUCUUCAUAGUCAAAAUAGUGAGCAGCAGUUACCCGGCCAAGAAUACGAAUUGGAUGAGAAUGGAAGAAAAGUGCCUAUGCGAGAAUUUUACGACCCUGAUCUUGACGAUUCAGCGCUGUCAGAAGAACAUAACGGGGGUCACUCUAAUACAGUCAGAGCUGGUCUGGCAGGUGCCGCUGCUGGUGCUGGCCUGGCAGCGCUUCAUCAUGAUCAACAUGACAUCCCCGAUGACGAAGAUUCUGAAUUACUUGAAGCAGAGCCACAACAUCCUUACUAUCAGAACACUCAAGAGGUACCUCCUCCACUCAGAUACGUCCCUUAUGGUCACGAGAGACGUGGUUUGAGUCCUAUUCAAAGCGUUUCAGGAUAUACCGAGAACGAAGAUGGACCACCUAAUCAACGAGACUCUAAGUUAACCGAGAGUACGAGAUCAUACUCUUCACUGGCAAAAACCGCUCAACACAACCAGUCCAUGAAAUCGCUUGAAUCCAUUAAUAAUAAUCACAAUCGUCAUGACUUUUCAGAAGUUCGAACGGGUGGGCUAUCGGAUUCUGAGCUCACUCAAGAUGGGGAUGGACAAUAUUGGGAUGAACAACACCGAGAGAACGAUCGAAAUCGAGAUUUUGACUCCCAACUGAGUCUUGAAAAUAAACGACUAACGAACUAUACCGAUGACAGCCUUGAUACUCGAGAUGUCUCAACCGGUCAAAAUAUUAAAGGUGUCGGUGGAAAACCUGACUUUGUCAACACGCCCAUAGGAGUCGAAUCACAUGUUGCUUCGUUGGUUAAUGCAUCUGAGCUCACUGGCACUAACUCAUACCCUGGUAGCAAUAGCCAAGUCAAUCGCAAAGCUUCUUACGAAUCAUUUGAAGAUGAAUCCGAGAGAAACUUCACAAGCCGAGGCAAUAGCCCCGUGAAGUCAAAAAAUCCUAAAAAAUAUGUCGAGGAGUAUGAUCUUGACGAGAAUGGAAGAAAGGUUGAGAUGCCAAAAACACAAACCAAGGAAAAGCUUGGAGCGGGUGCUCUGGGAGCCGCUGCUGCUGCACUAUUGGCAAAGGCACGUGAAAAGAUGAAUAAUAACAAUAACGAUGCAGACAAUAUCAAGUAUGAGGAACGUAAGGAAGAUACUGGAGCACCCUUACAGAAGUCAUUCAAGGAUCGUACAAAUGAUGGGCAACGACUUUCUUCCCCUCGCCACAGCGUCGAUAAUCUCAGUGAAGUUAGUCAAAUGACUGAUCACCCUAAAAUGAGUGCGAGUGGACUCCCAGAUAUGCAUGAUCCAAUGCCCGAAAUUGGCUAUGGAGACGAUGCAUCAGAAGUAACAACAAACCCGUCUAUCAUUCAAGGACCUAUCGGUGGUGCACAACAUGGAAGCCGCGAUCACUGGCAAAAUCAUGCCACGCCACCACAAGCCAAGCGUACACAAAGUUCCGCAUCUGGCAAUGCUCUUCAUGAAGCAGAAGCUGCAUUGAUUGGUGCUGCUACUGGUGCAGGUGCUGCUGCUGCUUUGGCUGGCCACAGCAGAGAAGUUAGUGGAGAGCAUGAUGAUGAGUGGAGAAGAACUUCCGGAGAGCGAAAACGUGAUACUCUCAUCACAAACCCAUACGAAGAUACAAGUCCAGUUGCUAAUCUUGGUAAUGGAACCGGCCUUGAUCGGGAACUUUUGAAUCAAGCUGGGUUACAAAAUGCAAAUCGCGCAUACAAUGAUAAGCUUUAUGCUGGCAGUCCGAACGGUCUACCCAAGGAUGAAGGAUAUAUCUCAUCAGCUCCCAAUGCUGGUGCUCAGACUCCCGAGCAGCGUCUGAACAAAGGAAAGGGUAUCGACUUUAUGGAUCAAGAAUUAGGAAAUGCUACAGAUGCAUUAAAUGGUGACCAAUUUUAUCCCGGUCACUCUCGGCAUCUCAGUGGCAUGUCACAAGGAAUGGGCUCUCCAUUAUAUGACAGUGCAACGGGCAAUGGUAUUGAUCGUAUUCAAUCGAAGGAUAUCGUGGCUUUGAUGGAUCAUCUUACUGUUCGUGACGCCCAACGUAGCGCUCGUGACACUGAAAUCCUCGUAACCCUUGUUCGAGCCGCUGCCGAAAUGAGAAAUUCUUUCGAAGACAUGAAGAGAUUACUUGCUGAUACUGAAGAUGUUAUUAUCACCGAAGUACAAGGCAACACAGAAAAGUCGGUUCAAAAAGUCAUCAAUGGACCACGCCCUCUACCUCAAAGUGCACCUCGAUCUAUCAGAUCAGCGGAGAUGUAUGAAGAUCUUCCUACGAAGCGAAGAAACGUUUUUCGAAGAGCAUUGAAAGGUUUAAGCAAGAAGAGCACAAACGAUCUUGGAAAGAUCGAAGAUAUGCUUGUUCAAUUACUUGGUGAUGUUGAAGGUCUUAAAGUUGCUCAAGGUCUUCAGAGUGGUACUUUGGAUUAUGAUGAUUUCCCUGAAGGACGUUCUGAACAAGAUCGUGGUUACGUACCUGAAGGUAACGCUGGCACUUCCACUGGAAGUCACGCAAGUCAAUCUGGCCCUCUUUCCAUUCCACUUUCUCAAUCUCGUAACACAAACCGAGGCUUUGAUGGACGCAAAUUCUCGGAUCAUCGAAUUAGUACAGUACCUGAAGGUGAUGAGGAUGAACUCAGUCCACAUGAGGAGGAAAUUCUUAAUAAUCAGUUUGAGAAUGAUGAAGAUGUUCUUACUCCAACUCGUGAGACUUUCCGUGAUCGUGGAGAGUCUCUACCAUUGGAUACACCUCCUCAACAACAUAAGGCUUCCGGCUCUCUAAGCAAUGAUAAUACUCCUCGAACUGAGACAGAAAAGACUAAGAAGCAUAAGUCAAGUAGCUCUUCUGGUUGGAUUCCUAAAGUAUCUCGUUGGUCCGAGACUACCGCCUCAACUGUGUUUAAAGGCUUCCGCAACAGUGGUCGUAAGAGUGGUGGCAAGGAACCUGAACAAUACAAUUCACCUCCAUCGGGAUCGGAUUCCGGACUUGGUACAUAUCAAACCGAACAAGAGCAUACUGACCAUGAUCGCGAGCGUGACUAUGAUCAUGAUAAAUUUCAUUGA